AUGGACCCCCUCUCAGCCUUGUCCGUGGCUGCGGCUGUAAUUCAGUUCGUCGACUAUGGAGCUGGUAUUGUAUCAAAAGGAACCCAACUUUAUAAGUCUGUGGAUGGGGCCUUGGGCGAGAAUAUUGAGCUCGAAACAGCAUCUAUCCGACUUCAACAGUUGAGCAGCGGUGUGCAAGGCUCUCUCAGUCAGGCUCGUCGGGAUAGUACGCAGGGCUCACCCACUCAAGUUGACCAAGAUCUGGAGACAAUAUGCAAGGAAUGCGUAACGGUAUCAAAGGAAUUAGUGGACAAGCUUGAAACAUUGAAGGUCCCUGGAGAUCACCGCUACAAGAAGUGGAAGAGCUUCCGGCAGGCACUGAAAUCGGUUUGGUCCAAAGAGAAGAUCGAAGCGAUUGCGAAAAGAUUAUACAGCUUGAGGGCGGAGUUGAAUACACAUGUUGUAGUUUCUCUGAGUGGCAAGGUGACCUCACUGUCUAUUCAACAGGACGCUCGCUUUAUAUCGCUUGACGCUGGUGUCGGAAGAAUUAUGAUAGCACUACUAGCCAACAAUGAGGCCACCCAAGCCGAGAUUGCCCAAGUGGAAAGCAAAGUCGACGGGGUAUCUAUCCAGCUUAAUGCCAUGAGUUUGUCUGGACAAGAAGAACAUGCCAAGACUCGAGAACUAUUAGAGAAUCAAGAGAAAGAUAGGCACCGAAGAAAAGCGGAGCUUCACAUUCGUGAGAGCCUCCGAUUUGAAUCAAUGACCCAUCGAUAUGAGACCAUUUCGGAAGCACAUCAACGUACAUUCGAAUGGAUAUUUCGGGAGCCCGAGGAAGAACAUUUGACGUGGAGCAGCUUCAUCGACUGGGCCGAGUCAGGUAGCGGGAUUUAUUGGAUCAACGGGAAAGCUGGGUCUGGGAAGUCGACUCUUAUGAGAUUUAUUGUUGACGAUUCACGAACUAGAGGGCACUUGCAAAAAUGGGCACCACAUGGGGCUCUGAACACUCUAGCUUUCUUCUUCUGGAACAGUGGGGUGCCAGAACAGUGUUCACAAGCUGGAUUGCUGAGGUCAAUCAUUCAUGAUGUCCUGGAAAAACAUACCAAUUUGUUUCCGGAAGUCUGCCCCGAGGAAUGGGAGAAGUCUCUGGAGCUGGCCAAACAUGGAGUACCUGUAGCACUUGAGAGCUGGUCGCUAUCGAGACUACAAAAAAACUUCAAACGACUGGUUGGCUGUGCCUCCGAGAAGAAUCACUUUUGUUUCUUUAUCGACGGUUUGGAUGAAUAUAAUGGAGACUACGAAGAGAUAUCCGACUACUUUUCUUCGCUUUCCAAUUUACCGUAUGUCAAAUUCUGCAUCGCCAGCCGGCCCUUGAUUGUUUUCAAGGACUCCUUCAACGGAUUUCCAAGCCUCAAACUUCAGGAUCUGACAUCAAACGAUAUUCAAAGAUAUAUCAAGGACAAGUUAAAUGGUCAUAAGAGAAUGAAGUUUUGGACCACAAGAGAACCUGAGACAUGCAAAAGACUUGUUGCACAGCUUAUUAACAAAGCUGAGGGUGUGUUCCUUUGGGUUAAGCUUGUCGUCAAAUCCUUGCUCAAGGGACUGAGCCAAAGGGAUGGCAUUCCUCAGCUUCUGAAGAGACUCGAUGCAUUUCCAUCGGACCUAGAACUGCUGUAUGGACAUAUGCUG